GCUGCUGCUGGUGCCCCCUUCCUCCUCUCCGGCAGCAGCACACGCCUCACCGGGCUGGUAUGCAGCAGGAUAAACCAGAAAAUGAAAACACGGGAUUCACCACCGCCGCCGGUCCACGUCCAUGUACCGGAGACCACACCUGUACAUGUUCAUAUGAGGAGGAGUCCCUGCAGGACCCCUCAGAUGAAAGCAAAAGACACCCAGGUGAGGGGAGAUGGCGGGCGGCCAAAGGUCCGUAUGCCGUGGAUUCCUCCAGGAAUCCUGUCCUGCAGACAGAGAAGCAGAGUAGAGCAUCGAUCGGGAAGUGGAAUCGGACAUCAGUGGGAUGAAGAGGAGCAGGAAGAAGAACUCGCCGGAGUAUCCAAACAUCUCACUGUCCUCCUCAGAGAGCAAGACAGCAUCCGCCAGUUAAAGAAGUCUGAUUCCAGAAGUCAACACAGAGAGACCGACGAGCUCCUGAGGGCGCUUGUAGAGGCAGAAAUCGACGGUGUAGCAGUAGCCAAUCAGCUGACAGCCCUGAAGGACACUAUCGACAGCCUCGCUAAGGACAAGAGGCUGUCAAAGUUGCACGCAUCUUCACUGGCACGGCAGCAGGACUUGUUGCUAGAAAAGAUUGAGAUGUUUGACCACACGAAUCACAGCCUGCGAGAGCUCCUCAGAGACUGGGGUGAAUAUGAGAGAGAAUCCUUGGAGUGGAUACAACAGAAAGAUGCCAUAAAGACGAGAUUGACUGCCAGUGAAGCAGAGAACAUUCGACUUUUGACAAAACUCACCAACAAAGAGAAUGAGGCUUCGAAGCUCGCUGAGCAUUUGAACUUCGAAAAGGAAAACGUGAAGCAGACGGAGGAGCUUUCAAGAAUCCUGCGGUCAAGCCACGGCCAUCUAGAAUCAGAGCUGAGCAGAGCAGAAGCGGAAAAGAUCCAUCUGGAUGCUCAGAUUCAGAGGAUGCAGCAGAGCCAGGAGCUGCAGCAGGAGGAGCGGCACACUCUGCAGGGGGAGCUGCAGACCCUGAGGCAGCGGAAAGACGAGGAGCAGGAGGAGCAGGAGCGGCAGGACCAGGAGGAGCUGACCCUGCUGACCCAGAAGGCCGAGCGAGCGGAGGAGAACACCAGGCAGCUCGCAGAGAAAGUGCAGGAGAAGGAAUCCCAGUUGGCCCAGGCUCUGUCCACAUCCAGGGACUGGAGCCUCCGCUGCUCCAGAGAGGCCGCCGCUAAAGCCCAGCUGGAGGAGCACGUCUCUGCUCUCAGAUUUCAGGUGACGGAGCUGAGCUCUCAGCGUCUCGCGGUGGAGGUGGGGAGUCGGGCGGAGGAGGAGGAGUUCAGGGAGAAGCUUCAUCAUCUCAGUGCUGAAAACACCUCCAUCAAUGUGGACAACCAAAGACUCAAGGGUCACUUGACAUCCGCUGAGGAGAAGCUCGGAGCGCUGCAGUCUGAAGCCCGUCGGAUGAAGUUGUCAAUUAAAAAGCAGGAACAACUGGUAGAGAAAUACAAGAAGAAGGUCCAGCAGGUGCGUCUGGAGUCGGAGGAGAACCUCCUGAAGCUGGAGACGACCCAGAGGGAGGCGCGGGAGGUGAAGCUGAGCCUGGAGAGGGGGACGGAGCAGGUGAGGAGGGGGCUGCUGGGCCGGCUCAGAGAGAUGGAGGCGCUGCCCGACAGACUGCGCAGGGCGGAGCAGCAGCUCAGAGACGCCCAGCAGGAGGCAGAGGACCACCAGCGGAAGAACGUGGAGCACAACUCCGCCCUCUCUGAGGUCAGACACAAGGUGGAACAGCAAGGCACUCAACUGGAGAUGUUGCAGCAGAGGAACCUGCUGCUGCAGGAGGAGAACAACGUCCUCAAAGAAAAAACUCACAACUUUGAGAGGAGGCUGGAGGACUUGACGGUAGAAAACCAAGAGAUGUCUGAGGCUCUGCCAUCAAAGGAGGCCAGUCUUCGCAGCGUUCAGCAGCAGCUGGAGGAGAAGAGCCACGAGGUCAGCUUCCUGUCCCGACAGCUGCAGACAACUCUGGACGACGCACAGAGACAGGUGGACGCCAGCAUGCAGAAGGUUUUGGUCAAAGAGAGAGCGUCUCAGUCUAAAGCUUUGGACCUGCAGAGCCAGCUGAGCCGAGCCAAAACAGAGCAGAGUCAGCUGCAGCGGAGCAAGGAGGAGAUGGAGCGUCGUUUCCAGAGUCAGCAGCAGAACAUGAAGGACAGACUGGAGCAGUCCGACUCUACUAACCGCAGUCUGCAGAACUAUGUACAUUUUCUCAAAACCUCAUAUGGGAACGUGUUCGGUGACUCUUUACUUACAAGCUGACCAGCAUUCAUCCAUUCCCAAAGCAUUGCAGUAUAUAUAAGUGACAUUUUUUUUUACUUAAGAGUUUUAUAGUAUCAAUUAAAUGAAUUAAAUGUUUUUAAACAUCA